CGUAUAAACUUACUUGGGAUUAAUAGGAGCCACCCCUCCUGUCGAGUACAACAUCAAUCAAUUCAAUUGUUAAGUCAAAUCGAAAAAUAUCCGCAAACUAUUAGUUGUGAUUCCUCUUUAGCAAAGACUGUAUAUACAUAGAUAGGCGUCAAUUGUAAUGCCGCAGCUAUUGUUAAUGGGUGACAUGGCUGGUUCAGUUAGUAAGAAGUGCAUGACAAGUCUUGUAGUGUUCUUGCUCUUCAUCUCCACAUCGUCUCUCUCUCCAACUUCACACAAUCAUCUGCUUAGCUGUUCCCCUGAAGAAGAAGCCACCUCUACUUCCAGCUAUGUUUGCCACUCAAGCCUCCAAAAGUGUCACACUUUCGCCGUUCUCAGAGCAAAUUCUCUCCCCAACCAUGUGCAUCUGGGGCUCGACGCUGACGAAUUCGUUCCUCCGCAAGGUCAUCAGUUACUGUUUAUCCCGAUUGACUGCAGAUGUAAUGGAAGGAUCUACGAGGCACAUCUCUUCAAAACUUGUGUUAAAGGCGACACCUUUCGCUCUGUCUCUGCAUCUCUGCAAGGCUUGACCACGUGCUUAUCAAUAAGAGAGAAGAAUCCACAAGUUUCCGAGGACAGCCUUGACGAGAGCGUUACAUUGCGUUUGGCGGUCAGGUGUUCUUGUCCGGAAGAAGGCGUUUCAAACGCCAGAUUUCUAGUUACAUAUCCCGUGAGUGACGUUGACAGCGUUUCCAGCCUGGCGGUUACGUUCAACACAACAGAGGACGCGAUUGUCUCCGCAAACAACAAAUCUGGAGUGCUUCCGCUCAGGCCUGCUCUCAUACCUCUUGAUCACAAACCGGUUCUCCAUCCGUUGCCUAAACCGGGGAAACCCGUAUCACAAAACACCACGAUCGAGAAUCGCCGGAAGAGAAAAAGGUCAAAGAUGAAGCUCAUGAUCUCUGUGAGCAGCGCGAUUGCUGGAGUUUGCGGUCUUAUCACUCUGAUGGUGUUCGGUUACUUACACUGGAAGAAAGAGACGCGGCUGCAAACGCAAAACUGGAUUAGCAAUAAAGACCCCGAGACGCGGCAGCUUAGUCUGAGCAUCCGAACCACCAGUGACAAGAAAAUCUCGUUUGAAGGGUCACAGGACGGUUCGAUUUUGGAUUCUCAGAACGCUGUUGGCACCACAACGCCGCGAAAGCCCCCUCUGGAGAUUUACGCGUUCCAAGAGCUGGAGAAAGCCACUGAGAAUUUCAGCUCAACCAAUCACAUCAAGGGUUCGGUUUAUUUCGGUUCGCUCAAAGGCAAAGACUUGGCUAUAAAGCAAGUGAGCGCUGAUGCAAUGAAAAGAUUCGAUUUUGGGCUUCUCAACGAUCAGUCACACUAUCACAAUCACAAUCUGAUUAGGGUUCUUGGGACAUGUUUCAGAGAAACCGGUCAGGAGGGUUCUUACCUGGUUUUCGAGUAUGCAAAGAAUGGAUCUCUGUGGGAUUGGCUUCAGAACAAACUGGCGAUCAAGAAUCAGUUCAUCGAGUCUUGUUACUGUUUCUUGGCAUGGAAACAGAGGAUCAAGAUCUGUCACGAUGUCGCCAUCGCCUUAAAGUAUAUGCAUCGGAUAAACUACGUUCACGGCAACAUCAAGAGCAGAAACAUCUUCUUGAAUGAAGAUCUCAGAGGUAAAGUCGGGAACUUUGGGAUGUCAAAGUGCGCAGGGGAUGAACUAGCGACGGAGGAGAACAUUCUAGAAGGCUCUAUGUCUGCAGCUACUGACGUUUUCGCAUACGGGAUUAUCGUAAUGGAGGUUUUGUCUGGACAUACCCCUGAGAUGUUGCUUGAAACACAAGAACAGGAGAUAUCUCUUGGGACACAAGAAAGUUGUCUUCCCGAGUGGAAGAGACUGAGAACGGUUCUGGGGAAGAAGGAAAUGCUGAAGGAAGUGAUGGAUAGCACAUUGGGAGAGAGCUAUUCAGUUGAUUCCGCGUUUGAAAUAGCAAGAAUUGCAAGAGACUGUACUGCAGAAGAGCCCGAGUUAAGGCCGAGCGCGGCUGAGAUUGCAGAGAGGGUUUCGAGGCUGGUGGAUGACAAUGAAGAAGACGAAGACGAGGCGGUAAUAGAGAGAGGGAAUACCUUAAUUUCAGAGAGUUCUUACAAGCCUUUGGUAAAGAAGAAUAGUAGUAUAGAUGAAUGAUACAUUUGUAAC